UUCGCACUACAACAACACAACACAGAAACAGCAGGACGUUUAGCAGACUAAAUACAUGCCUGUGCAUUAUUUUGAAUCAUACAAUGUGAUGAUGAUUAGUUCGUACCGUUAAUCUUUAUGUUUUAUGUUGCAUUUUCUUAUUAAGACAUGUCUGGAAUUUUAGGUAAAACUAUCGAAUCCCUUAACACUUUGCUCUCUCCACUAAACACAAGUGUGGGGUUAAGUACUAAAAGUUUGUUUGAAAGAUGUAUGUCUGCAAGAACAAAACGAGAAGAAGAGUGGAGCUUUCAAGAUUCUUUAAAAACCAUUCAGCAACGCCUGUCAGAGCCGGGCGUUCGUUCCUCAGCUGUUAAGAAGAUGUUGGCAUUUGUUGUUUUUGCUGAGAUGAUGGGAUAUAAAGCUGAAUUUGCGUACAUCCAUGCCGUCAAACUUGCCCAGCGUGGUUCUCUAGCUGAGAAGAAGAUGGGAUACAUGGUGUGUGUGCAACUUUUGAAAGACUGUCAUCAACUAUCAAUGCUUCUUGUCAAUACUAUUAUUCGAGACUUGGCCAGCCGUAACAUGGUGACAAUAUCUAUGGCCUUAGCAGCAACUUGUCAUCUUAUACCACCAGACCAAGCAUCUGCUGUGCUUCCCAUGGUGGCUGACAAACUUAGCCAUUCCAAUGAGUACAUUCGUGGGAAAGCUGUGAUUGUCCUUCACCACUUUUUGCGCAUUUGUCCGAACCAAGCUAUGCAUUACGUUCAUAGAGUCCGAGCAUUACUGGGAGACAGUGAUCCAGGAGUAGUUGCUUUGAUUCUUCAAUACCUGCUUGACUUAAAGCUGGAACAGGAUCACGAGGAAUUGACAAAAGAUCUUUGUUCAUCUAUAGUCUCUAUUCAAGAUCAAAUUCUCCAUGGGAAACUACCCAAAGAUUAUUUACAUCAUGGUGUAUCAGCUCCAUGGACCCAACUUACUAUUCUUAAGCUAAUAAGACAACUCCAACCACCUAUCUUAGAUGUACAAAAAGUUCUUCAAGAUACAUUCAAGGCAGCGCUAGGUGAUGGCAAUAUUAGUUCUAGUCCUAAUUUAUCGGCAGCUAUUGCAAUAGAAUGUUUGGUGACAAUGCUAGAGUUAGGUGUUGCAUCCAGCAAAUUUACAUCAUUAACAAUGUCGAACAUUGGGCAUCUACUUAUAAGUCAUAAUAUAAAUUUCAGGUAUGAAGGACUGAACCUACUUGAGACUUUAAUAUCUCACCUUCAAGUAAAUCUGACCAGAGACCAACAAGCUGUUGUGCUGCGCUGUUUACAACACCCAGACAAUGCCAUUAAAGUGAAAAGCUUGCAUCUUUUAUGUAAAAUUGCUGACAGUAGUAGUGCAGAGAGUAUAUGUGAUCAGAUCAUAGACUUCCUUAAAAAUCACUGCUCUAAUACUCAUCUUCAAGAGCAAUUGGUUUCCUUAGGAAUGUCACUUUCUGAAAAGUACGCCAGCAACACCAACCACUGGCAUCUUGCAGCUCUUCUAAGGUUACUUCCCAUUGCCAAAGAACAAUCUGCGUCAAUUCAAGCACAGCUGAAAUUUGCUCUUCUUGCAGUUUCAGAAACAGAAGAUGAUGCCUCCACUCCAAAUUCCGCUCAUCAUAAAGUACUUGGCUACUUAACUAAACAUUCAGAAAGUAAAGUUGCUCCUACUUCAAUUCUAGAACUGUAUGUUUGGAUGUUGAGUAAUUUCCAUAGAUUACUUGCUAAGGAAGCUGAUGACCGUGCAGAACACAAGACACACGUAUUGGCACUAGAAAAAAUUGUGUCCCUUGGACAGAAAGUAUUUCAAAAUCAAAUUCAAGGAAGUCUGGAAACUGUUCCUCCAAGAAUUCGUAAAUUGAUGUAUGAAAUAGUGGAUGCUGCAAGAGUUGUUGUUUUGAACAAUUUUGAACCAUGUCCGCAACUUGUUCUCUUUUUAAAGACCAUUGUCUCAGCUACGUUGACGCGAGUAUUUAGUGACGCAACUCUUCGAUGUGCAUGCAAUGAGUUACUUGGUAUUUUAUCAGCCUGUCCAGAAUUAUCUGAAAUCAACUUAAAAUCUAGCAACUUAUCAGAACAUCCAGACUUUACUCUUACUUUCAUGGACAACUUUGUCUGUGGACAUUUAGAGAAGGGAGGCACUCCCUACAAAGCUUUGCCUGCAAAGCCGGGUUCCCGAGCUUCUGUCCUGUUGGCCUUGGAAUUAGAAAGAAACCAUGGUGAUAGUGAGUUGUGUAACAGUAAUCUUGUGGUUGCUGACUGCAGUCUUGGUAGCUCUGUGCUUUCUUUAGCGGGUACGGAAAGUGCAAGAAAUGUUGCCGGAAGUGUCUCUUCUGUCAGCUCAGAGGAGUCAAAAUGCUGGACAUUUACAAGCCAAACACAAGAAAUUGACUUGAUGCCAGUUUGGACCAAGGAGGGCCGAAUCAAAGCGGAUGAUUCAACUGAAGCUGAUUCUUCAUCAUCAUUCACUGAUGGUGUAUCAGGCCCCUCUGAUGAAACAUCACCACAACUCCAACCAGGUCCCUCAAUAUCAUCAUGGCUUCAAAAGUCAAUGGUUGACGACCCCUUGGACAGCCUGCAAAAAGACUUCAAAGAGUUCUGUCACUCAACUGACCAAGUUCCUCAGUCAAACUGAAUCCAUGCAAUAUAACUUUUGUAUGUCAUCCAGAUAUUUGAGUCUGAAGAUUUUAUUUUGUUGUGAUUCCACUUGGCUCAUGUGUUGUUUUUAUUGUAUUUUUUUUUUAGUUAGUAUAUUUUAAUGAAGCUAGAAAUGUCAGUAAUCAAUUGCACUUCUUGUUGCAAACUUUUACCCACAAGCAGGGUCUACGUUUAGUACCAGUACAAAAAUUGUGGGUCCAGUUUUGUUUUUAAAUACUUUUCUAUUGUAUCUAUGACAGUGGCUGUGAUUUCAAGGGAAUCAUGAAAGUAACAAUAAUUGUUCUUAAUGUGACUUCUGGCAAGUCUCUGGAUGAUUUAAAAAUCUAUUUUGAUAUUUGUAAAUGCUGUUAGUGUAUCACAAACAGUAUAUAUCUGCUUUAUGUGUUUCAAGUUUAUCAAAAUAUGAUGUGAUGUAAAUAGGCAUAUAGGCUAGCAAUGAAAUCUGUGAUCCUGUAAAAGUAAAAUGUGAUCCUGGUCACAUUAUUGGGUUGUGAAUACAGUGAAUACAGUAAAUACAUGAUGUGUGUGGACUGUCAUACACAAAUUAUACUGUAAUAAGAUUUUGCCAAGUUAAGGUCUAAUCAAAUAUUUCAUGGUGGUAAAAUGUAAAUGGGGGAUGAGGAAAAGUUUCAUAAACACUGCUCAAAACAUUUCAUAUUUGUAAUUCAAAUCUUGCGUUAUGCUUGAAGGAGCCAGUACUAAUAAAAUACAUUAAUCAGAGCAAAGAACCUUAUAACAAAAUUCUAUGUGGUCUCACUCAGUUUUAAUCAAAUGUCGGGAGAGAGGAGAAGAGAGCGCGCAUCUAGCAAGAACCACUUACAAAUUUCACUCCUUAAAGCAAAUUUGCAUUCCCUACACAAACGCCUUGGUUCAGCAACUUUUUGUGGCAGCAGUUUCCCAUUUGUAUUCAAGAUAUUCAAUUCAGCCUAACAAGUGUCACUAAUGUGUAGGAGUUAACUUACGAAGCUGCAUUAACCAAAUGUGAUGUUUUCUUUUAAAAUUUGACAAACAAGGAAGAAAUGUGUUUAGGACUGUAUCUACUAACUUAUUUCAGUUUUUUGUAUACUUUUAAGUCCUUUUUGUUGUUGGUUGGAAGCUUUCAACUUUCUAAUCGAGGAAAGGGAAAGAAAGCAUUUGUUUUUAGGUCUUUUGAUUUCCUAAGCAGCAUCCAUACUUCACUGCCAUAUCUUUUAAGUGCAAACUGAAUUGAACUUUAAAAUAAAAUAAAAAAAGUAAA